CACAAAUUGCAUCCAAUCAAAACGUGUCCUGAGCUACUGCGAUUUUUGGGAGACAAAGCGCAAAGCGUUUGACCCACCAGGACAACUAAGCUGUCGAGACGAUUUCCCUCUUGCAGUCCUCCUCAGCGUAUCUUCUAAUCCUUCCUCUCCUUCAAAAGGCCCCAUUGUCUGCGAGGAGGGAUCUUCCCUAGUCUAGACGCACUGAGGAGAAGUCACCAUUAAACAGUCCGAAUAGAACUAUGUGGAGCGCUUUCCUGCAAACAACCUGACCCUCCAGACACAAGGAUGUCUUGGCCUGCUCUGUACGCUCAGUUGGUUGGGGCGAACCGUCACUCCACCAGCCUGGGUAAAGUCUGGCUCUCUGUGCUGUUUAUUUUCCGGGUGAUGGUGCUGGUUGUUGCUGCUGAGAGUGUCUGGGGAGAUGAGCAGUCUGACUUCACCUGUAACACACUACAGCCUGGCUGUGAAAAUGUCUGCUAUGAUCAGUUUUUUCCUGUCUCCCACAUCCGUCUGUGGUGUCUUCAGCUUGUCUUUGUCUCCACGCCAACACUCCUGGUCGCAAUGUAUGCGGGCUAUCGGAACCAUAGGGAUAAGAAGAGGAUGCUGCAGGGUUCUGGCAGAUCUGGCUUUCUCAGCAACAAAGUCCAAGAGGAAGAUUUGGAGACUCUGAGGAAGCGGAGACUCCCAAUAGCCGGCGCCCUCUGGUGGACAUACGCAUGCAGCCUGGUGUUCAGGCUGCUGUUUGAAGGAGGCUUCAUGUAUGCCCUGUAUGUGGUGUACGAUGGGUUCCAGAUGCCACGGCUGGUGCAGUGUGACCAGUGGCCGUGUCCUAACCUGGUGGACUGUUUCAUCUCACGUCCCACUGAGAAAACCAUCUUCACUGUUUUCAUGGCCACCGCCUCUUCCAUCUGCAUGGUCCUCAACAUGGCUGAACUUGCCUAUCUCGUUGCCAAGGCCGUCACUAGGAAGAAGUAUUAAUCAGACAGUCAGCUUCUUCUUUUCCAGGGGUCUCAUUGGUCAGAAGGAGAGGAAGUCAUGCAGCGGAUCCAGCAGAGGGAGGAUGCAGAAUAAGACAAGCCAGAAGUUACUUGUCUCAACCUGAGGAAGCAGCAACAAAGUGAAUGAUACAUGCAGGAGAAAGACAUUCCAGAGACUUAAAACACUUUAAGGCUGCAUAAUCACUAGUGGAACACUUGAGCCAACUGU